GGAGUGACUCGUUGACUGCGGCGACCGCAAUUUCGCCAACAUGGGAGCCGCUGUGGGAUUUAUUCUAAACGGAUUUUAAGAACCGUCGUGAAAAUGGCAGAAAGGUUGGAGUGGGUGGAGAUCAUCGAGCCGCGCACACGGGAGCGCAUGUACGCCAACCUACUGACGGGCGAGUGUGUGUGGGACCCUCCGCAGGGUGUGUGCAUCAAGCGGACUGGGGACAACCAGUGGUGGGAGCUGUUUGAUCCGAACACCUCGCGCUUCUACUACUACAACGCCUCCACCCAGCGCACCGUGUGGCACCGGCCCCAGAGCUGCGAUAUCAUCCCCCUGGCCAAGCUGCAAACUCUGAAGCAGCACACAGAUGCCACCAACCCCCGCCCCUCAAGCGGAGGAGGAGGCAGAGCAUCAGCGGAAAACAGCCCUGGACGAAACAGCGGGGUCAGCCGAGAGGGAAGCACCUCCUCCUCCCUCGAUCAGGAGCUCUCUGACAAGCAGGGCAGCAGGGAUGAAGCAGACAGGACUUCCCCUUUCAGGUGGAACACCGGUACGAAGGAGCGAAUGCUAAUCAAGGUGACAGACAGAGAGCCCAGUUUCUUGGCCCACCAGGGCAAUGGUUACUCCCCCUGCGACCCCCCCACCCCCGGUCCUCCUUCUGGAGGGGGCACCGCCUCACGAACUCGCCGUUGCUCUGGAGGAAACCCUCCCACAGAUCCCGACGGCUCCCCCAUUCUCUACGGCGAGCGUCGCCAGUCUCCCUAUCUGAAGCGGGCCGAGCUGGGGGGCACCGGCACCAACCGCCGCUCCUCCGCCGACUCUCAGCCCCCUUCGCCCCGCUACGCCUACGAACCCCCGCUGUACGAGGAGCCGCCGUCAGAGUACCAGCCCCCUCCCAUCUACGAGGAGCCUCCGACCGACAUGCACCUCGUCGACUCCGCCUUCUACGGCACCGGGAAGUCCCCUGCUCGCAAGACUUCGGGCCCCCUCUACCACUCCCCCAACAAGGGCCAGUCGCCCUAUGGCCAGCUGGUGCUGACCCGUCAGAAGUGUCCAGAGAAGACGCAGAGUCUGGAGUACAGCCCCGUGGGGAAGGAGUACGUCAAGCAGCUGGUCUACGUGGAGCAGUCGUCUUCCAGCCCCCGCUUCAAGACAGCCGACCGCCUGAUGCGUUACGGCACCACGGGGGGCUUCGGGGGCUCAUACGGAGGGUCCUACACCUUGCAGCACAGUCAGUCUCUGAUCAGGGACCCCCGCCUUCUGCUGGACUACAGUGGGGAGGGUGGAGAGGGAGGCCAGAGGUUGCUCUAUGAGGACUCCAUAUCCUGGACUUCCAGUCAGACCCACUCCCUUUCCUCUUCCUCCACAGGCGGUCCCGGGGCUUUCUCUCCCGGAGGUAACCGCAAACGCAAGAGCCGCAAGCCGUCCCUCCCCCAGGAGCUGGCCCGCUGCGGGGGCCCAGAAGGGGAGCUGACAGGCACAGCCUCCGAGGCGAUGCUGGCCCAGGCCCGGCUGGCGUGGGAGGCCCAGCAGGUGAUGAAGCAGAGGAGCAGUUGGGACUCUGGGCAGGGCAGGGGGGAGGCCCAGGGCGGAGGCUCAAAAGACGGGUACGAGAGCGACGGGGCGCUGCCUCUGCCGUUACCGGGGCCCGUGGUGAGGGCCUUCAGCGAGGACGAGGCGCUGGCACAGAGCGACGGCCACCACUGGAGGCGCCACACCUUCGACCGGCUGGGCUUCCCGCAGGCCCUGCUGGAGAAGAGCCUCUCCGUGCAGACCAGCCUAGCCUCGCCUGAGCCUUUCCUCCACCCUUCACAGUCUGAGGACCUCGGAGCCUGUGCCCAGUUUGAGGCCAGUCGAAAUGCCAGGAAUAUGAUGCCGAGCGCCAGCUGUGGCAUUUUCCCAGAAUUCACCCUGAGAAAGCCUUCCUCGGAGACGGACAUCGAGAACUGGGCGUCCAAGCACUUCAACAAACACACACAGGGCCUCUUUAGAAGGAAGGUGUCCAUUGCAAACAUGCUGGCCUGGAGCAGUGAGCCCAUCAAGAAGCCCAUGAUCGUGACGUCAGACCGCACCGUGAAGAAGGAAGCAGUGGACAUCUUCAAGCUCAUCCAGAACUUCAUGGGGGACCGCCGCUCCAAGGCCGACACCCUCUCUGUGGCUCUGGAGGUGGUGGUGCGCGGCUGGAGUAACCAGGGUCUGCGUGAUGAGCUCUACAUUCAGCUGUGCCGCCAGACAACGGAGAACUUCCGCUACGACAGCCUGGAGCGAGGCUGGGAGCUGAUGGCCAUCAGUCUGGCCUUCUUCCCCCCCACACCCCGCUUCCAUGCCUACCUGGAGGGGUACAUCUGCAGACACAUGGACCCCCAGAACGACACCAAGGGGGUGGCCAUUAGCAGCUAUGCUAAAUACUGCUACAGGAAACUGACAAAAGCUGCUCUGACCGGUGCCAAGAAGGGCCUGCAGAAACCCUCUCUGGAGGAGAUCCUGCACGCCAGGAACGCCAUCUUUAGUCCCUCCAUGUUUGGCUCCUCCCUGGAGGAGGUGAUGGCGCUGCAGAAGGAGCGCUACCCAGACAACCAGCUGCCCUGGGUGCAGACCCGCCUCUCUGAGGAGGUGCUGGGUCUCAACGGAGACCAGACCGAAGGCAUCUUCAGGGUACCGGGGGACAUUGAUGAAGUUAAUGCCCUCAAACUGCAAGUGGAUCAAUGGAAAAUCCCCACUGGACUGGAAGACCCGCACAUCCCAGCAUCUCUGCUGAAGUUGUGGUACAGGGAGCUGGAGGAGCCUCUCAUCCCUCACGAGUUCUACGACGAGUGCAUCAGUCACUAUGACAACCCAGAGGCCGCUGUCACCGUGGUGCUGGGUCUGCCACACAUCAACAAACUGGUGCUGUGCUACCUCAUCCGCUUCCUACAGAUUUUCGCCCAGCCUGCCAACGUGGUCAUCACCAAGAUGGACGUGAACAACCUGGCCAUGGUGAUGGCCCCCAACUGCCUGCGCUGCCAGUCCGAUGACCCCCGGGUCAUCUUUGAAAACACCCGCAAGGAGAUGUCCUUCAUCCGGGUGCUCAUCCAGCGGCUGGACACCAGCUUCAUGGAUGGAAUCCUAUAGCCCCCCCACCACACGCAGACACAGAAACACACACACAGUCCAUAAUUAACCCCUUGCACUCCCUAUAACCAACCCCCCGCCAGUCCCUCCCCCAGCACAUCGUACACACACAUCGUUGCCUCUCCAACAGGUUUACUUUUCUCGGACUUACAAAACUGCCUUGUUUUACCGCUGUACAAUUUCAGUUGAGCCAGCUGUUUUUUUUUCUAUCUCUAUCUGUAGAUGUAGUCCUUUAACUGACAUUUACUGAAAGAAAAAAACCACUAGUUUUUCAGUUGCAAGGUUUUCAUAUGCUUACAGCACUGUGUGUGCCUUCACAUGCAUUAUCACACACAUAGUCGGAAGAAACAGCAGGGAGCUCAUCAGGAUCUUUUUUUUCUUCUCUUUGGCUUGACGUCGGUGUCUCCAGCACUUUCUCAAGGGUUCAUUUUAAAUCUGUGUUUUGUAUGAAAUUAUAUCGUUUUCCCACCCAUGUCACAUUGAAAUGAACACACAUAUAGCCAUACAUGCACAUACCUUAAAAUCCUUUCCCCAGGGUUCCAUCUUCUGCAGACCCUGCAGUGUACGAUAGCAUCUAAUCAACGAUCACUCAGAUGAAGGAUGCAUUAACAUGUCGCUCACACACUAAGCAAUGCAUCUGUAUGGUUCAGCACCAGAUUUCCACAAGAUGUAGCCUGACUGCAACAUUCCAUCAGUACUGUUAUACUGCUGGAGAUACGGCUCAGACAGCAGGGUGAAGGUGAGACCCGGUCUGACAUUUUUUACACUGCCAGCUGGGACAGGAACCAGAGGACAAAACCUUGGUUACAUCGUUACGUUAGUCAGGUGUUGUCCAAUGUUAAACAAAUGUAGCUGUAGAAGAAGACAGUGAUAAGUGGUGGAUACUCAAGUAGCUCUUAUGGUUGUUCAAGGGUCCAUAAUGCCCCCCAUCUUGGCUUUAUACACACAUCCGCAUAAACUGUUUUCAGGUUGUUAAAAAUGUUAAGCAUGAAGUGAACAUAGCAUACAGCAUUGAUGAACGAUUUCCAAUCCUUCCAUUAAUUUUCCAGGCAUUUCUGGUUCCAGUUAGUUGAUUUAAUUCAUUAUAUCAUAAGGAAAUAAUAUGAUGUAUUGCUGGGAAAAAGUGACACAAGUAUAAUAAUUAAUAAAUCUACACCACAUUGUCGCUAGUGGUUUUCCAUCAUACGUUCAUACUGUGUAUGACAGUGAGGGAAUAAUUAAACUGCAUUCUAUAUAGCAUUAGAGACCCUGUUUAUAGUUCUGUAAAUGUUGUAUGCAUAUUAACACAUUUACUAUGCUACAUUUACAUACCACUAACACAACACAUAAUAUCAGUACGAUAAAAUGAAGAGUUUGGACACAGCUCUGAAGUUCCACGCUAACAGUUAGCAUACCUUAACAUAUAGUCAGCUAUGUUGAGUCCAGUGCUAAACUAUUAUCCAAUUCUGUUGAGUGUUGGAAAGCACACUUAAAGGUACCAUACACCAUAUUUUCCUCUUGGCGAAAAUAGCUUUAGUAGCAUAAACGCAAAUGUUUCAAUUAGAUAUUAACAAAAUAAAGAUACAGCUAAUUUAACUGUCUUGCUUACUUGUUAACUGAGGCGGCUAUGGGGUUAGCUAUGUUGCUAAAACCGAUUGUCCUCUUUACUUUGGGAUUAUGCCCAUACUUGAAGUGAAAUUUUGCCAUCCAUAAAUAAACAUGUUGGAGCAAUGGUUGAUACUAAAACAAAGAGGACAGCUAGAAAAUCAUUUUAGGGCCAUCACACCGACUCAAUGUGCAAGAACCUAACUUUGGUUGUAUAACUUUAGCCACCACAAACUAAUGGUCGCACUACAACAGGGGUGUCCAAACUUUUUUCACCGAGGGCCACAUACAGAAAAUUAUACUGACAGCUUGGGUCACUUAUAGAGGUGAAUAUCGUUUAUUAUAUUUAAACAAUAAAACAAUACAUAAUUUAAAACAAUAUAAGACAAGCAAAAGUUUAAUUUGUGGGCCAUUUUCCAUUAUACUUUUAGAACUUGCAGAGGGCCGAUUCAAAAUGGCAUGCAGGCCGCAUUUGGCCCCCGGGCCAUAGUUUGGACACCCCUGCACUAGAACAUUUGAGACUGUAACAGACAAACCCCUGUAUGUUUGUCAGGAGAAAACGUUAAUAUAAUCUUUAUAUGUUUGAAUGUGUUCUCUAUACUUUUGCUUUAUUUAUACACUACGUACUGUUUGGUAUAUGCCGUACAGGACCGUCAGUGCUAGAGCAUACAGCGCUGGUAUUCAUGUUCUGAUCACUUGGACUAGUUAGCUGCUAGUAAGUAAUGAGACGGGGACUCGUGGCUCUGACAGAUGAUUGGUUGUUACAUGAUAACCAAACAGUCUUGUAUUCUAUAUCGUUAGGUCAUCUUGGGGAAAUCUGGUCAUGUCUGUCCUGCAGUCCUUGAACACAUUCCUUCAGGAGUAGGGGCGAUUGCAGCACUGCCAAUCAGGCUCCAUCAUAAUGUUCGACACAGCAUGCUCACCCCCCCCCACCCCUCACACACACACACACACACACCUGACCGCCCCCGCACCACUGCGCCCCAACAGGCCUUUCUGCUCACUAAUGAUUUGUGAAUGUGUCCGUCCGUCUGUCAUUGUUUACAAAAUGUACCCAUCUCUUGCGUCCAUCUCCGUCUAUGAGCGAGUACUGUUGUUUAUUGUUAUUCAGUUUGCUGUAUUUAACAGAAUUUCUAUGUUUUUUAACCUAUUCAUUUUAUAUGAUUUAAUUUAUUUAUAUUUAUUUGAGAUUUCCUUCAUGCCUUCUCAAGAUAUUGUAAUGUAGGCUCCAAGUGAGUGUUUUUGUUACAGCGCAAGAGUGUGUGUAUGUUCAACUGUAGUCUUCAGUAUGACUGUGUGAACGUUGCUGUGCUAGUUCCAUUCAUUUGGGUUUUUUGGGUGAAAACGAACCAUCGUGAGAAACACUUCCACCUUAAAGGUCCAGGUGACACUCAGUCUGACGUGGCUAAAUAUUUUGUGAAUAUUGAUUUAUGUCGCUGUGUGUGAAGUGCACCUCACUCACUUAACAUACACACUCCACAAAGAUGUACAUUGACACUUUAAAGUCUGUAAAAUAAGUAUAUAGAGAAAAAAAGAGACCAUAGGUUACGGUGGAAGUUCAUUUUCUUAUUUCCUCCCUUGUUGGUGUAAAUUUUCGUCACACUUAUGGAGGCAAUUCGAACACAUGUCCAAACUGAUUUCCAACCAUUAUCCAUUCGAGUACCACAAAGUGUUUUUAAGCCCUUUAACUGUGCGUCUGUUUCAUAUUCUGAAAAGAAGUGAUUUGUCUAGAGGAUUUAAAAAAAAUAUGAUUUAAGUACAGUUCUGAGAAAGAUUGAGAUUAAAGGUCUCAGAAUAUUUUCUGUGAAUAUUCUGUGCAAAGAGAGACAGACUAGCCACUUAACCUCACAGAUAAUUGAUGCUAACGUCCUGUCCUCAUAGUGGGGUUGCCAGGUUUAACCACUGUCCUAACUCCAAACACAGGUAACGAAGAGAUGCAUUGGUGACUAAGACUAACAAGAAACUACAGUAAAAGUUAGCCGUUGUUAGCUUCCUAUCCGCUAACAGAGCCCUUUGAGCAUACCAGAUUGCUACGGCAGUUUUUUUAGGAUCUGUUCUUUUUUUUUAAGGUAAACUCAUUUGUCCUGCCAACUGUUUCUUAGAGAAAAUUCACAAAUUGCACAAAAGAAUAAAAUAUGAACAAACUUAAUCCCUCAUUUGACAACUGACUUCUUUAUGAUGUUUGAAACAGCCAUGUUUCUCCCCCUGUAAAUUCACAGUGAACGCCAGGUUGAAAUAUUGCGGCAGUGUGUAUGAGUGUGUAAGUGGUGUGUGUUUAUGCGAGUGUCUUUGUUUUAUGUAAGCGAUGGUUGUAGAUAGACCCAGCAAAUCAACUGAUUAGCAUGCAGACAUAGGGUCUUCACUCUCGACUUGAAUUUACUAAAAAAUAUGAGAAUAUACAAGGAAAAACAAAUUUACAGAAAAUAAGUGUUACAGUAUUUAGCUUUAAAAAAUACACUAAGAAAAAGAUUAAACUCUUUUAAUCCGUUUUUUCUGAUUGUUUUUUCUACUUGGUUCCUACUAAUGAUGAUUUGGUAGUCAAUGUCGAUGCUGUUCGUCUAAUUUAAAGAAAAUGACCGCGAGGAGGAGGUGUGAGAUAGCUGCUGUGAAACUUCUCUUCACCUCGACGUCAAUCCUCCAGGUUUUUUUCAGUUGUAUCUUAAUGUCCACUGUCACUCACACUCUGUCCGAGGGAAGACUCUGGAAGUGUAACGGACGUUGGUUUAAUAAAAGAUUCAAAUGUCAAA